AUGCCGCCUAAGAAGCAAGCCGUGGUGGAAAAGAUCCGUCUGGGUCGUCCGUCGAAUAACCUCAAGAUGGGUAUCGUCGGUCUGCCCAAUGUCGGAAAGUCGUCUCUGUUCAACGUCAUUGCGAAAUGUGACUUGGGCAAAUCGGCCAACUUCCCCUACGCUACCAUCGAACCUGAAGAGGCGCGCGUGCCCGUUCCCGAUGACAGAUUCACCUGGUUGGCGAAUCACUACAAGCCCAAGUCCGAGGUUCCUGCCUUUUUGACUUGCAUCGAUAUCGCCGGUCUCACCGCUGGUGCCUCAACAGGUGCCGGUUUGGGUAACGCUUUCUUGAGCAACGUCAGGAGCGUCGACGGUAUCUUCCAGGUAGUCAGGGCGUUUGACGAUGCCGAGGUGAUUCAUGUCGAAGGAGAUGUCAACCCGAUCCGUGACAUGGAGAUCAUCUCGACCGAGUUGAGGUUGAAGGAUAUCGAUUGGAUCGAGAAGGCGCUCGACAACUCCAAGAAGAACGCCCGCAGUGCCGGUAAUGUCAGUCUGGAGGACAAGAAGAGAAAAGAAGAGGUGGGCAUCAUCGAAAAGUUGCUCAAACAUGUUCAGGAGGACAACAAGGAUAUCCGAAAGGGCGACUGGACUAAUAACGAGGUGGAAGUGAUCAACAACCUGCAACUGCUGACGGCGAAGCCGGUGAUCUACCUUGUCAACUUGUCGGAACGCGACUAUGUGCGCAAGAAGAACAAGUGGCUUGCCAAGAUCAAGGCGUGGAUUGACGAGAACAAUCCGGGGGAUUUGCUGAUUCCGUUUUCGGUGGCACUUGAAGAGCGACUGCUGGCGCUGGGCUCGCCCGAGGCGGAGGCCGCCGAACUCGCCACGCUUGGAGACAACAUUACUGGUGCGCUAGGCAAGAUCACCAAGGCAGGUUACGACGGUCUCGACCUCGUACGCUACUUCACAGCAGGCCCCGACGAGGUGCGCGCUUGGACCUUCAGAAAGGGCCUCAAGGCGCCCGAGGCUGCAGGCAUCAUCCACACCGACUUCCAGAAAAAAUUCGUCUGCGGUGAGGUCUUCAGCAUCGACGACAUCAAGGAGCACGGAACCGAAGCCGCCGUCAAGGCGGCUGGCAAGUACAAGCAGAUCGGCAGGGAGUACAAGGUGCAGGACGGUGACAUCUGCUACUGGAAGCACGGCUAA